AUGGGGCUGAAAAACGACUGGGUCAGCGAGCUCGAGGCUGCCUUCAAGUUUUCGCACCCCAAGUACCGCCAUUGCUUUGUGCGUUCAGAGGCGUGGUAUGAACUAAACGGCCGCAUCCUCAUGGUCAUGGAGUUUAUGCCCCUGGGAGAUCUGCAAACCAACUUGCAGGGUAAACCUCUAUCGGAGUUCGAGGGGAGACAGAUCAUAGAACAGGUCUUGGAAGCUGUUGGAUUCAUGCACAGCAGCGGAUUUCUUCAUCAAGAUCUGAAGCCAGCGAACAUCAUGGUUGUGUCCAGGGCUCCGACCUGGUAUGUCAGGGUCGCCGACUUUGGGAUCAGCACGAGGUUGAGCGACUCGGGCACAUCUACUUUCCACUCUCGCGGAACCCCGGGCUACAUAGCUCCAGAAGCCAUUCACAUAAUCCCAGACCAGCGGUGCUCUGUAUCAGCAGAUAUGUGGUCACUGGGUUGUGUCGUGUACAAGAUACUCACAGGGAUGCUCCCCUUUCCCCAGAUCAGUCAUAUGGGUAUGUACUGCCACGGUCUUUCUGAGUUUCCGAGGCAUCCCUUGCACUCAAGCAAAGUCUCGGACUACGGGCAAGACUUUAUCAUAAAACUCAUGCAGGCGCGAAGUGAAGAUCGUCUGACGGCCACCUCGGCGGCACGACAUCCGUGGAUCACCACUUCACUUGACCCUUCGGCACCCAGGCCCAGAUCAAGGCGAGCCAUCUUCCCACACAUAUGA